AUGAACAUACAAACUGAAACGGACGCUUUUGGUGUAAGGCUGGGCGCACACCUGAAGAGCAAAACUGCUCCGAGCAGCUCGGAACAUUUUGGAACAAAUUCAUUUCACACUGGCAAAACAGAACAGAACAAGACACCAGUCGUCAAGAUGAGUUCUGACCAAGACAACGUCGUUGUGCCGCUUAUGUGGCAAUUUUUAUUAAAUUGCGAAAGUAGCAAAAACAAACUUUGGAUGCAUGAAAUAAAUAAAAAAAAAACUGUUAGAAAAUAA